CCCAUUUUGCUCCCUCAAGCAACAUGGCGGUCGUGGUGGCGCUCGACUGGACGCCAAACACUAACCACGUCGGCUUUUAUGUCGCCAAAGCCAAAGGCCUUUACGCCGCCAAAGGCCUCGAUGUGACCUUCAUCAGCCCGCACACAGACGACUACAAGGCCACCCCCGCCUCGCGGGUGGAGAGCGGCGAGGCCACGUUUGCCAUCACGCCCUCAGAGAGCGUGAUCAGCUACAACACGUGGCCUGAGGCCGACAAGAAGCGGCCCAAGCUGCAGGCCGUGGCGGCGCUGCUCCAGCAGGAUACCAGCGCAGUUGUCACCCUGAAAGCCUCGGGCAUCGAUCGGCCAGCCAAGCUGGAGGGCAAGCGGUACGCCUCCUACGCCGCGCGGUACGAGGGCCGCAUCGUGCAGUCGCUCAUCAAGAAUGAUGGCGGCAGCGGGGAGUACCAGGAGCUGGUGCUGCCCAUGCUGGGCCUGUGGAACACGCUGCUCCAGGGCGAGGCAGAGGCCACCUGGGUGUUCAUGGGGUGGGAGGGGGUGGAGGCGGCGCGCAAGGGGGUGGAGCUCAACGUGUUCAAGCUGGGAGACUACAAUAUUGCCUACGGAUACUCGCCGGUGCUGCUCACGCACCCAGACACGCUCAGCUCCUCGCCGGACACCGUGCGCACAUUCCUGGCAGGUACUGCCGAGGGCUACCGCUGGGCGGCGGCGCACCCGGAGGAAGCCGCAGACAUGUUUGCCGAGCUGGCGGCGGCGGAGAACCCGGGCCUGCCACAGCCGCUGGAUCGGGGCAUGUGCCGGGACAGCAUGCAGCUGGUGGUGCAGCACCUGCUGGCCGAGGAUGGGCGCUGGGGCGUGAUGAAGCAGUCGCGCUGGGACGCGUUUCUGGACUGGCUCUCAGAGAGCGGGCUGCUGACAACAAAGGUGCAGAGCCGGAACGGCAAGGACGGCGUCACGACCAGCCUGGACGGGCUGCGGUCUGGCAACUGCGGCGAGCGCAUCCCGCGUGAUGCGAUCAGCAGCGGCAGCCUGUUUACAAACGACUUCUUGCCCUGAGCAGGCGCGAGGCAGGCAGCCUCCAGAACUUUUGACAUUUCAGACUAUUCAAUCGUGGGAGGCAUCAUGGCCUGCAGCGGCGGUGAGUAAGCCUGGUGUGAUUUAUUGGGGGAGACUGCCAUCUUGAGAUGAAAGGAGGAAAAACUGUGGGCUGUCAAAAGAAUGAAAACAA